GGUGAGUUUCAUUUGUCUAAAAGUGAAACUAAAACCGUCUAUGAGGAGAAAUGGCGCAGAAAGGAGCUGAGCUGGAUCAAGUGAGUUUUUCCUGCUCUAUCUGUCUGGAUCUACCGAAGGAUCCGGUAACCAUUCCCUGUGGACACAGCUACUGCAUGAAGUGUAUUGAAAACUUCUGGGAUGAAGAAGAUAAGAAAGGAGUCCACAGCUGUCCUCAGUGCAGACUGACCUUCAAACCGAGACCUACCCUGGUGAAAAGCAUCAUGUUGGCAGCUUUAACUGAGCAGCUGAAGAUGACUGGAUUAGGAGCUUCUCCUUCUACUCACAGCUAUGCUGGACCUGAAGAUGUAGGCUGUGAUAUCUGCACUGGGAGGAAAUUAAAAGCCACAAAGUCCUGUUUGAUAUGUCUGUUUUCUUACUGUGAGAAACACCUCCAACCUCAUUAUGACGUGGCUCGGUUAAAGAAGCAUCAGCUGGUGGAGCCCUCCAAGCAUCUUCAUGAGAACAUCUGCUCACGUCACGACGAGGUGAUGAAGAUGUUCUGUCGCACUGAUCAGCAGAGCAUCUGUUAUGUCUGCACUGUGGAUGAACAUAAAGGUCAUGACAUCGUCUCAGGUGCAGCAGAGAGGAUGGAGAAGCAGAGGGAGCUGGAGGUGAGAAGAGAAGACAUCCAGCAGAAGAUCCAAGGUGGAGAGAAACAUAUAAAGUUACUUCAAAAGGAGGUGGAGGCAAUUAAUGUCUCUGCUGAUAAAGCAGUGCAGGACAAUGAGGAGAUCUUUUUAGAACUUAUCUCUUUUAUACAGAAAAGGAGUUCUGAACUGAAGCAGCAGAUCAGAUCCCAACAGGAAUCUGAGGUGAGCAGGGUCAAAGAUGUCCAGGAGAAGCUGGAGCAGGAGAUCUGUGAGCUGAGGAAGGAAGUUGCUGAGCUGGAGCAUCUCUCACAGACAGAGGAUCAUAACCAGUUUCUCAAGAGCUUUUCCUCACUUUCAUCUCUCACUGAGUCUAACUGCUCCUCUAGCAUCAAUGUUCGUCCUCUGAGGUACUUUGAAGAUGUAACAGCAGCUGUGUCAGAGCUCAGCGACCUGCUUCAGGACGUCCUGGAUGAGAAAUGGACAAACAUCUCACUGAGAGUCACUAAAUUGGAUAUUUUACUGUCAGAACCAGAACCAAAAACCAGAGAAGACCAUUUAAAAUACUCUCAGGAAAUCACCCUGGAUCCAAACACAGCUCACAUGAACCUGCUUCUUUCUGAAGAUAACAGGAAGGUGACCCUAAUGCGUAAAACUCUAAAUUAUCAUAAUCACCCAGAAAGAUACUCAGUCAAGUUUCAGAUCCUUAGUAAGGAGACUCUGUCCGAACGCUGUUACUGGGAGGUACAGUGGGGAGGAAAUGGAGGCUAUAUAGCAGUUGCUUACAAGAACAGCUCUAAAACCGGCAACGGAUUUGGACAGGAUGAAAAAUCCUGGGCUUUAUUUUGUGACCAACACAGCAAUCACUUUUGGCACAACAACUUAUCAACUCCCAUCCCUGGUUCAGUUUUCUCCAGAGUUGGGGUGUACCUGGAUCAGAGAGCAGGUACUCUGUCUUUUUACAACAUCUCUGAGACCAUGACUCUGCUCCACAGAGUGCAGACCACCUUUACUCAGCCGCUCUAUGGUGGAAUACGAAUGUACCAUCAUUUUGGAGAUACAGCUGAGAUCUGCAAACUAACCUAACAUUAUGUUUUCGCUGAAAAAACAUCUUUUUAUUUGACCUUUGUCAACAAAAACAGUUUUAUAAUCGUACUGGCACCUCAGUAGUUCAGCUGCGAUGCAUCCAUCAGCCUAUAUUCCUUAUUUUAAUUCAGGUCGGAGGUUCCCGCACCGUUCUGCGGAUGUGACAUCAAGUGCCUCCAUGUUGAAUGGGUCAGAGCAAUCGUUAUAUUCAAGAUGGAUAUUGUGGAUACUCCAGCUCAACUCAGACACCAAUGGCAACCCCACAUGAGAUGGAAAAAAGAAAAGGAAAAUCUUGUUAAGUGUGCGCCAGAGCUACGAGUACAAGCAGAAGAAUGCUGCAGUUUUGUAUUUUGGCCACAGGUGACAGUAUCAUUAGAUAACUCUAUAAUGCCUCUUUUAUUCAAGUUGCCUAAAAAAUAUAUCUAUUGAAGUUAUAUUGUUUUUGGGGGGGGUUUUCUCCCUUAGAUCCAACUUUUUUAAUAACUGCUCUUAAAGGUUUGAGUUUCCUCUACAAAUUAUAUACCUUUAAAAAUGUAAACUUUAAUUUAUCAAAACCAAAUCUAUGAAAUAAGUAGGUUGGAAAAGAAAAAAAAAUAAAGAUGUUCCAAUUGCUUUAAUUGUAGCACCGUGUCCUGGCUAUUUGCUAACUUGUUAUCGGAUGUCAAUCAUUGAUUAGAUGUUAAUAACAUAUUUUAUGUAAAUACAAUUGUUUUUCAAUGUUUGCAAGGAGGAGUGAAUUUUGCAAGUCUGUUGCCUAAUGUAAUCUGUU